ACUCAUGUAUACUCACACGCACUCACAUGCACACACUUUUAUGCACGCUCUCACUCACGUACGGUCACAUGCACAGUCAUGUAUGUGCACUCCCAUUGACGUAUACUCACACACACAUACACUCAUGUAUGCACGCCAUCACUCACAUAUACUCACAUGCACUCACUCACAUAUGCACGUUCUCACUCAUAUACUCACACGCACACACUCAUGUAUGAGUACUCUCACUCAAAUAUACUCACACACAACACACCUGCUCACACACACUCAUACGCAUCCACACUCUCACAUGCACAAACUCACACACAUCCUCACUCAAACACACUCACACAACACAUUCAUGAUGCACAACACUCAACACACACCCACACAUCUGUGCUGACACACUUGCACACAUUCAUAUGCUCUCAGUGCACACAUCCUCACACUCGCAUCCUCACUCUCACACAUCCUCACACACUCAUAUGCUCACACACAUGCUCACACUCACGUAUCUACUCACACACGCACACUUGUGUACUCACACGCAUGAGGGUGUGUUCCCAGCAGCACCCACUCCCGGGGGGUUUGUUCUCAAGCUGCUGACACAGCGUCGGGCGGGGGGAGCUGAGAGAGGGGCUCACCCCAAUGGUGAGAGCAGGAUGGCAGGCGCCCCUCUGGUCCUCGCCCCGCCGGGAAGAUGGGGACACUGUCGGCCCAGGCGCAGCUGGACGGAGGCCUGCGGGCUGCGGGGCAUGUGGCUCCGAGAGCUGGAAGGUGGGAAGAGCAGGCCUCCCUCCUGCCUGGAUGUGGGUCCCUGUCACAAGCAGCCUGGGCCCAUCCUGACUUCCCCAGCUUCUCUUUUUGUUUGUAAUUUAAGCUGCCGUUUGGGGAGGGCUCACCGCGUGCGGGCGCCUCGCCAGGAGCCCCGCUGGGCCCCCUCCCAGCUCUCCGAGGCGGGUACCCCGCUUCGCUGGAGAGCCAACGGAGACUCAGGCCCCGGUGGCCUGGUCGCGAUCGCUCUGCUGGGCCCUGCUCCGCCGCCCGGCUCCCAGGCUCUGCCGGCUCCAAGCUGCGCCCGGCGGCCGCCCCGCACGCCUGUUCCUGGGGACGCCAGGGGCUCACCCUCCCCCUCCUCCGCACACACGCCCCAGCCCAGCCCUGCGCAGAGAGGACGGGGGCUCCCCGUCAUCCGUACUCACGGGCCACACGCCCCCCAAACGGCACGGCCCAGACUGACUCCAGCGCAGGAGAAAGAAGGGCCCCUCCCCCCACCACCCCGCGCGACCUCCAGGAUCUCGGCCAAGAACAACGCAGGCCGGCAAGGACACCCUGGCUGGUGAGACCGGGAGCUGCGUUUUCAAGGAGACGGCCCGAAUCGUCUCUUGCCCGUGCGGCUGCAAGUCAUAAAAUGAGAGGAUCUUUCUGAAGGGCGGCGUGAUCAGAUCUUUCAAACGCCUUUCAAACGUGCACGCUGGGGUGUAUCCUCCAGCCCAGGAAUUCCACCUCCAGGAAAUGUAUCCCGAGGAACUAUUCAGACAGGCCCACCCUCCUCAUGCUCUCCACCCAAUGAGCUUCCAGAGGGGAGGCCACGAUCCAGCUCUCGGCCAAUCAGCACGCUGCAUUCCUGGCCACAGUGAUUGGUUCAAGAUUUCAAUCUGGAGCCCCUGGAGCGCCCAGCACCCAUCUCCAGGCCGAAAGGAGAGUCCUUUAGACUGCCACAACUCCAAGAAAACAGAAUAAAAGGCCGAGGCUGAGAAGGGGAGUCCUGAUCACGUGUUCGCAUCUGGAUCAGGCCUUGCCUGAAGCAACCCCUGGACUGUGUAGUUAUGAAAGCCUAAAAUUCCUGUUCUGCUGAAGCAACGUUGGGUUGGGUUUUCUAUUACUUACAACCAAGAGAAUCCUAAGUGAUACACGGCAGGGCUGUCCAGAUACACCCCCGGAUGACUGACUGGGCCUCCUACUGCUCACGUCAAAAGCUACAGACAAAGGGUGCUGUCUGAUCCCGUAAGAGUCUGCCCUGUCCCUCCUCUCUGAGGCCCCGCGCCCCCCUGGCUGCAAGUUUGUCUCCCCCACCCCGCCCCGCCCC